AUGGCUGCCACAUCAGAAAAAAAAUGUCCUGGCGGCCCUGAUGGUCACAACUAUAACAACAGGAAGCUCUUUCCUUCUGUCGUGCUUCAGGCAGUCUGCGACCAUCAGGGCCGCUUUAUGGACAUCUUUGUGGGUUACCCAGGAAGUGUGCAUGAUGCAAGCAUCCUGAAGAACAGCCCCAUCUACACAAGGGGGACUUACCCUCCACCUGGGUAUUUUCUCCUAGCUGAUGGUGGCUACCCAUGUCUACAGGAACCCCUGGCCCUUAUCACACCAUAUAAGAGGCCAGUGAGAGGCAUGGCAGAGCAACGGUUUAAUUAUCAUCAUUGUAGAGGUCGCACAAUCAUUGAGCGUGCCUUCGGAAUGAUGAAAACCCGCUUCAUGUGCAUCUUUUUAGAAGCACUUGAAGUACAUCCACAGUUUGUCCCUAAGGUAGUGACAGCAUGUGUUGUGUUACACAACAUUUGUGUUGGUGUAGGGGAUGAGCUGGAAGAGGCUAUGGAGGAGGAAAACCAGCCACCUGUGGAGCGGGAUGGUGGGGAGAGCCGAGGCAGCCUGGCGGGCCUUGCUCACAGACCAGGUGUCCACGUUGCAUGA